AUGGUCAAAAUUGCUAUCGCAGGAGCUUCUAGUGAGCUCGCUAGAGAGAUUCUCGACAGGCUUGUCGCUACUGGAAAGCACGAUAUCACUGCGCUUGUCCGCAAGGACCCAUCGACAUUCCCAGAGCUCUCAGGCGUCACUUGGGUGAAAGCCAAUUAUGAAAACAAGACAGAGCUUGUUGAUUUAUUCCGUGGCGUUGAAACCGUUCUCUCUUUCCUCGCUGUUCAUUUGGACCCAGGGAACGAGACCCAGAAGCGACUUAUUGAUGCAGCUAUCGAGGCUGGCGUGAAGAGAUUCGCUCCGUCUGAGUGGGCAACCGGAUCCAAACUCGCAGACUCACUCGAUGUCAUGUCAUGGUACAGCGGCAAGAUCGAGAUCAGAGAUUAUCUCAAGAGCUUGAACUCUGGUAAAAAGGUUAUCGAGUAUACACUGUUCCAGCCUGGUGGCUUUAUGGAUUACCUUUGCCAUCCAUACAAGACUGCAAAGUACAUCACCACUACUGUCGUCAAUGUCGAUUUCGUCAAGAAGCAUUCGAUAGUCGUCGAAGGUACCCUCGACGACGAGAUCACAUAUACAAGUGUCAACGAUAUUGCCAACAUCGUUACCAAAGCUAUCGAUUUUGAAGGCGAGUGGCCCGUGAUCGGAGGUAUCAGCGGUGACCGCAUCUCUAUCCGUCAGCUUCUCAAGAUUGGAGAAGAACUACGAGGAGAGCCUUUCACUAUCGAGUGGCUUAAGAUGGAAGACCUUGCUGCCGGAGAACUCAAGACCGACAACUACCCCCGACUUCCACUACCAUCAGUUCCCCAGAAUCAGGUGGAAGCUUUCUCAAAGAUGGUAGUAAUCGGGACUCUGACUGCUUUCCACCGCGGAGCUUGGACGGUCUCGGAUGAAUGGAAUCAGGCUUUUCCGGACUACAAGUUUACAAAGGUUGAUGAACUGCUGAAGUCUGCGUGGGAGGGCAAGCAUCAGGCAAUCUAG